AUGAUGCAAGUUCUAACGUCGAUUAACGUGAAUCAAAUGGAAGCCAUAAAUAGGAUAUCGAAAGAUGUAAGUUCAUUGAAAGAACAUGUAAAAGAUCUUAAGACCGAGAUAGAUAGUCUCCGAUUCGAAAAUGAGAAAAUAAAGCGUAAUAUAGAGAACGUGUACAGUAAAUAUAAUGAAAAAGAUAAACAAAUAGAAACGUUAGACUCUGAGAUAAAAAACCUUCAAAUUACAAAACUAAUAGAUCCACUUACCACAACAACUGUUAGUAACACAAUAGAAGAAACUGUGAUGGCAGAACUUUCUGAUCGAUUGGUUAGAAGCAAGAAUAUCAUAAUAACUGGAUUAAUGGAAACAAAAAUAUCUGACUAUAAAGAAAGAAAAGAGGCUGAGAAGAGAGAAGUACUUGGUUUAUUAAAAAAGAUCUCAAACGAUUGUACAAAACCAAAAAGUAUUACACGCCUGGGAAAGUAUGCGCCAGACAAGCAACGCCUACUCAAAGUGUGUUUCUCGACUCCAAAAGAAGCUAUUUCUGUAUUACGUUCUAAAAGUAAUGAAAAACUGAAUCCCAUUAAAAUUUUCGCAGAUCGAACGCUUCAACAACAAUCUUUCUACAAAAAAACCUAA